UGACACUGCACCCGUUCAAGUCACGCCUCUCCUGGGGCGUCCGUCGUAUCCCUUCCGCAUGGCCUAGCCGCAGCUAACGACGCUUGUCCUAUUCUUACCCCCGGCAUCAGUCAUGCGAGCCCGCCGGGGAUGCGCAGUUGGAGGCAAAGAGCUCUCUAUGAGCCCGAGUGGGCCAUGGAUGACUGUUACAGUCUCCCCUUGUCCUCGACGUUGACCUCUCUUAUCUUUCUGUCCUCGUGCUCUCUAUUCCUUUCCACGUUUUGCAACAAUUGCUGUGCUUCGUUUUGCUACCGUAAAGCACCUCUCGCGUCUUAUCAGCAGCCCAUCGGAUCUAACAACGUCACCGCGCCGAGCACUGGAACGCCGACUUGUAACGGACGACUUCAUUAGGCGAGUCGCGAGAGUUUAGAGUUGCAUGUUCUCCUGGGCCUUUGUGAUUACUCGUCGCUGGUUGCCUCUGCGCUGAAUCCAGCCUCUGACCAUUUCUCCCCCACUGCCGAGGCGCGAACAAGAGCGC